CUUUGUGUGUGAGGAAAAGGCAGACCGCACUGCAAAAGCUGAAUCGAUUCGACGGAUUACACGAAUAGUGAAAAUUUUGAUUUUCGAUUAUGCGUUUCUUGGGUCGGAUUGUGAUUUGAAUGCUAAGUGGUUUGUGAAUUUUGGUUGAUUUAAGUGGGAGGAGGGUUUGGGGAAUAAUCCUGAUGGCGGCUACAACAGUGGCGACAGCGGCGGGGGCGGUGCUGCUGCUGUACUACGUGUUGAGCCGACGGAUCGCAUCGGUUGCGGAGGUCGAGGAUUCUUCGGAGUCAAAGAGUAGAUCGGCGAAGAAGAGGUUGUCCCGAAGGCCAGCUCAGGCACCUGCUACUUGGCUGGAGACGAUUUCGACUCUGUCGGAAACUAUGCGGUUUACAUACUCGGAGACGUUGGGGAAAUGGCCGAUUGGUGAUUUGGCUUUUGGAAUUAACUACCUAAUUCGGAGACAGGGCAAUCUACAAGUUGCAAGUGUAUAUGCUGGUGAAACGUCUGUACGGCUUAAAAGCCCUGAGAUUAUUGAUCAAUUGCACGACUAUUUAAGAUUGCUAACCCUCUGCAUGCUUUUCUCCAAGAGGCCCUUUCCAGUCUUUUUGGUGUCAGCUGGUUUUUCUGAAGCAGAUGUCAUUCUCCAGGAGCCCAAAGCAGGGAUUCUGAAGCCGGCGUUCACAAUUUUGUGCGACGAAAGCUCCAAAUGCUUUCUUCUUUUGAUUCGUGGUACUCACAGUAUUAAAGAUACACUGACUGCAGCAACUGGGGCAGUGGUCCCUUUUCACCAUUCAGUUUUGCAUGAUGGUGGGAUAAGCAAUCUGGUGCUGGGGUAUGCACAUUGUGGGAUGGUUGCUGCAGCCCGAUGGAUAGCAAAGCUGAGCACACCAUUUUUGGUCAAGGCUCUCGAACAAUAUCCUGCCUAUGAAGUUAAGAUUGUUGGUCACUCACUCGGCGGUGGGACAGCUGCCUUGCUAACAUACAUACUACGGGAACAAAAAGAAUUUUCAUCAGCAACUUGUGUUACUUUUGCACCAGCUGCCUGCAUGACGUGGGAGUUGGCAGAAUCAGGUAAACACUUCAUUACGACGAUAAUCAAUGGAUCGGAUCUGGUGCCCACGUUCUCAACGUCUUCCAUAGAUGAUCUUCGUUCAGAGGUAACAGCUUCAUCAUGGGUAAAUGAUUUACGUGAUCAGGUGGAACGCAACAGAGUUUUGAAUGUCAUUUAUCGCUCUGCUAGUGCUAUUGGGUCUCGAUUGUCAUCUGUAUCGAAUGCAAGAGCGAGGGUCGUUGGUGCUGGUGCACUUCUACGGCCAGUCUCAAGCAGCACUCAAAUUGUGAUGAAACGCGCACAGGAUGUAGCCCAGGCAGUUGUCAUGACCCGGUCAUCCAUAUCAUCAUGGACAUGUAUGGGUCCUCGGCGCCGCUCAGUUUCUCCUCCGGACAAAACCAACGAACUCCCUGAGGUUCCCCUUGCCCUCAGCCGGGCAUCUGAAUCUCGUCCAACUGAAGUAAUAACUCUCCAUUCCGACCCAAGCAGCCGAGCAGACCAUCCUCCUUCCAGUGGCAGUGAAAAUGAGACAGACGAAGAGGCAGAAUUCAUCCAAUCAGAUAAAGCCAUUCCCACUUCUCCUAUAGACGAAAUAAGCGAAGGCCUGUUGUGGUACGAGCUACAGAAGGAACUCCGCAGGGAGGGGAGCGAAAUGGAUGCUCAAAUCCAGGAAGAAGAGGCUGUGGCGAAGGAAAUAACCGAAGAGGAAAAAGUUUUUGCCGAUGCUGUCGAAAACCACACCGCUGUUUCUUCCUCGGAUAGUCACCGAUUCUACCCUCCGGGGCGAAUAAUGCACAUGGUUUCUGUGUCUUCAUCAGAGGACAGUGAAGGCAAAGAGGAAGUUGGGAUGUAUCAGACGCCGAGAGAUUUGUACAGUAAGCUUCGAUUGUCAAGGACUAUGAUAAAUGAUCAUUACAUGCCUAUGUACAAGAAAAUGCUGGAACUUUUGAUCAAACAGGUUGAGGAGGAUGACAAGAAUUCAUCUAAGAAUGUAUAAACAAUGUAGUACCUGUAUCAGUGUGCAGUCUGCCAAAAUUUAGAAGUAAUCACUGGUAAUUUUUCAUAUUUAUUGUAUGCAUGUAUAAGUUUUUUGUACCAAGUGGAGCAAUAUGUAAGUAGCUUAUAUGGGCUGACAUAAGGCCCAAACUAAAUUGGGUGGAAUAGCCCAAUUAUGGGCCCUUUGCUAUGCCCAUUUCGCGGAAGAGUUCAUUCAAUUUUCCCGCCAAUGCCAUCAUCGAUUCCUAACCCUAGAUCGGAAUUCCCGGGAAAUUCGAUGGGAUUUCCGAGCAGAUGACCUCCAUUACAUGUCCCACGUAUUCUUCUGGAUCGUCCGGACAAUGUUUUCUCCCUCACGUCUGCGUUGUUGGAUCAGCCAUCACACUAGCGGCUGCCGUUCCGUAGAUAUGGAAAAUCUUGUUUGGUG